AUGGAUCCUGUCUGCUGUGAGAUGAAGUUGUCCAGCUCCUACCUCUGCACUGAGACUAAUUCUAUCAAGUUGUCUAGCUCCUACCACUGCACUGAGACUAAUUCUAUCAAGUUGUCUAGCUCCUACCACUGCACUGAGACUAAUUCUAUCAAGUUGUCUAGCUCCUACCACUGCACUGAGACUAAUUCUAUCAAGUUGUCCAGCUCCUACCUCUGCACUGAGACUAAUUCUAUCAAGUUGUCUAGCUCCUACCACUGCACUGAGACUAAUUCUAUCAAGUUGUCUAGCUCCUACCACUGCACUGAGACUAAUUCUAUCAAGUUGUCUAGCUCCUACCACUGCACUGAGACUAAUUCUAUCAAGUUGUCCAGCUCCUACCUCUGCACUGAGACUAAUUCUAUCAAGUUGUCUAGCUCCUACCACUGCACUGAGACUAAUUCUAUCAAGUUGUCUAGCUCCUACCACUGCACUGAGACUAAUUCUAUCAAGUUGUCUAGCUCCUACCACUGCACUGAGACUAAUUCUAUCAAGUUGUCUAGCUCCUACCACUGA